CCGCGGCCGCGUCCCUGUCGGGCCCUGGGCGGCGGGAGGCGGAGCGAGAGCCCGGGCACGGCGGCAUCCUCCAGAGCGGCCGGCCCUGGGGCUCCAUGGAGAAGCGGGGCCCGGUGCUGCACAUCGUGGUGGUGGGCUUCCACCACAAGAAGGGCUGCCAGAUUGAAUUUUCCUAUCCUCCCCUAAGGCCUGGAGAAGGACAUGACAGCCAGAGUUUGCCAGAGGAAUGGAAGUACUUGCCUUUCCUUGCCUUACCAGACGGUGCUCACAACUAUCAGGAAGAUACAGUGUUUUUCCAUCUGCCACCCAGAAGUGGAGAUCAAACCACAGUAUACGGAGUCUCUUGCUACAGGCAGAUUGAAGCCAAGGCACUAAAAGUACGGCAAGCUGAUGUCACCCGAGAAACGGUACAGAAAAGUGUCUGUGUUCUCAGUCAGCUGCCUUUGUAUGGGUUACUUCAGGCCAAGCUGCAACUCAUUACACAUGCCUAUUUCGAAGAAAAAGACUUCUCACAGAUCUCAAUUCUAAAGGAACUUUAUGAUCACAUGAACAGUUCCUUGGGCAGUACUUUGCUGGAGGGGUCACAGGUUUAUCUUGGUCUGUCUCCUCGGGAUCUCGUUCUUCACUUUAGACACAAGGUCUUGAUCCUUUUUAAAUUGAUUCUGCUAGAGAAAAAGGUGCUGUUUUAUAUUUCUCCAGUAAACAGAUUGGUUGGAGCUCUGAUGACUGUCCUGUCACUGUUUCCAGGUAUGAUUGAACAUGGCCUGACUGACUGCUCGCAGUACAGGCCGAGGAAGAGCGUGUCGGAGGAUGCCGGCUCGCAGGGCAACGUGCCGCACUUAGAUGUUUCUAUGUCUGCUGCUGAUGCCUCACAUACAGACUUGGGAAAGGGAGAUGGGAAGAUGGCAGAAAAGCAGGCACUGGAGGGUCAGAGAGCAAACAUGCCUUUCUCCCAGUCAGAGAAGACUUGCAAUGGAGCUCAGUCUUCCAGUGGUACUGUGCAGCGCUUGAAGGUUCCUUCCCACGGCUCCCCAGCAUCCUCUGAAAGUGACUGGGAGACUUUAGAUACUAACAGUUUGGAGGAGUCGAAUUUGAAGGAAGAGCAUGAAAAUGCAGCAUCCCAGCAGGCUGAAAACCUUCCAAGCAAAGGCAGGAGCACCUCAGAAAGCCUUCCAAUCACCGUGCAGCCCCAGGCCAAUACAGGCCAGGCGGUGCUUGUUCCGGGCCUGAUCUCUGGGUUGGAGGAGGACCAGUUUGGUAUGCCCCUGGCCAUUUUCACAAAGGGGUACCUUUGCUUGCCAUACAUGGCACUGCAGCAGCAUCACCUCCUGUCAGAUGUGACAGUCCGCGGCUUCGUCGCGGGAGCCACCAACAUCCUGUUCCGGCAGCAGAAACACCUCAGUGAUGCAAUUGUGGAGAUAGAAGAUGCUCAAGUCCAAAUCCAUGAUCCAGAGCUCCGAAAGAUCCUCAACCCAACGACUGCUGACCUCAGAUUUGCAGAUUACUUGGUGAAGCACGUAACUGAGAACAGAGAUGAUGUCUUCCUUGAUGGCACUGGGUGGGAAGGAGGAGAUGAGUGGAUCAGGGCUCAGUUCAGUGCUUAUCUUCAUGCCCUCCUUGCUGCUGUGCUGCAACCAGACAAUGAGAAGACUUUGUCAGACUUUGGGACAGCAUUUGUAGCAGCCUGGAAAAAUACCCACAACUACAGAGUAUGGAAUAGCAACAAGCACCCAGCUCUUGCAGAGGUAAAUUCUAGCCACCCCUUCCAGGGACAAUACUCUGUAUCAGAUGUGAAGCUAAGAUUGUCCCACUCUGUGCAGAACAGUGAACGUGGGAAGAAGAUUGGAAAUGCGAUGGUUUCCACCAGCAGAAACGUCGUGCAGACUGGCAAGGCUGUGGGGCAGUCAGUUGGGGGAGCCUUCACCAGUGCAAAAUCAGCUAUGUCCUCCUGGUUUUCCACUUUCACCCAGUCGACCCAAAGCCUCGGGGACUAAGUGAUGGCUUUUCACCAUGCUGCUGACUCUUUCAGGUGCAAAGCUUUUUCUGAGCUGUAAAAAGACCACUCCAAAACGCCAGAGUGGAGGUUAACUACCCCAGGACCAAACCCAAGGUAUCUGUUGCUUGCAAGCAGACUUGGAUUGUCAACACUCAGUUUCACUUAGAAGUGUGGCAGCAGGGUGAGUGUCUCCAGAGUGGGAAGGCAUCUGCAGCCUGGUGGUGGUAUGUGAAAUGACUGUUUCUCUUCAAAACUGAGCCUUUACAAAGACACUGGCAAGCAGGGCUUGUUGCAAGCCGGCUCUGCUGGACUCCAGAUUUGUACAUUUUCGUGGAUGUUGAUAUAUUUAUGGAAAGUAGCUUCUAUUUUUCAAACCAAAUAGCCAAAUGUUUGUGAAUUCUUGUUAGAAAUAAGCAGAGUAGAAAUAUGGAUCCCUCUUGCAGGCUGCUUUGAGAGCAUCUCUGAGAAGAGUAUAUGCUGGAAGCAAAGGGUUCCAAGCCAGGUGGAGCUUUCUUGCUCUCACCAGCUGGAGUUGGCAGGGUGCAGAGCAAGACUGUGGCUGUCUUAGGGGUCUUAUUCCUUUCUCCUCUGUAGCCAUCUGCAGUGGUUUGUCUCCAGCUCUCUUUGUGUGUCCCCAGUCUGUGUGACAGUUCCCAACUUGCCAUGCCACAGCAGGCCUUUGUAACGUGGCAUAUGUUUUGGCUGUGUUUCUACCCUGGCACUCGAACGAGGUGGGUUCCAGUCGGAGAGAGAGCUUCAGGAAGAGUACUACAAAAUAGCUCUCCCCACCUGGGAUUGGAGCACAGAUCUUGCUUUAUUAGGCUGUAAUAACACCCUCAGUGUAGUUACCUCCGUGAGAAUAGCAAGUACUAAGCCCAGCACAGUAGCAGCCUCUGCCUGGCUCUUGGGGGUUUACCACUACACUUAGGCAGACCCUUGCAGACAAAAAUCAGCUCUGUCCGGUUUCUGUGUUGCCUCAGGGAAUGUUAUGUUUGGAUAACUACUUUUUUUUUGUUUUUUGUAAGGAAAGCAACACUAGAACUGGGAGAGUAACUGGGAUGGCUCAGCUGGUGUCCUUGUGGGAGGAAACACAAGAGUUUAUAUGAAAAGCUGAAGUGUGAAGCUUGACUUCCUAUGUAAUCUGCAUGCGGUGUCUUCUGUAUGCAAAUCUGCUCCACUUCCUAUGUUUCCUGCUUCUGAGAGAGAUUCUGUCCUCUCUCUGGCAGUCUGUGUGCCUCUAGAGCUAUGCCUUCUGCAUCCCCUCCUGGUACUUGUUAACAUUUUCCACGUGACAUUGUCAAGUGUUCAAACUUCUUUAGCUUCUCUCAGUAUUUUGCCACGUUCUCUUCUGGGGCCAAGAUUUCCAGUCGCGAUUAUUGCUUUUAUUCCUCAUCCAAAAUCCAGCAGCUGUGCAAGAGAUAAACGAGAAGGCUUGGAUGUAAUUUGGUUUAAGAAGUGAAGUUCUAAUUUCUUGAGGUGCAUUCUGAAAGCUGAUAGAGAAGCCACACUUUUGUCAUGUGGUCGCUCUCCAACAACUGCGUUUUCCAUCCCCUUGCUUCAAACAGCAGUUCAGAAAUACAGGAUCUGCUUUAAAACCUUUAUGAACCUUUUUUCCAAGGACAGAGGAGAUGGAAUGGCUGUGGAGAAGCUGAGGGUGCACAGCUAGUUGGAGUAGCUUCAUUUGUGAAGGGCAAAAAGGCCCUGAGAGCUCUGCUCUGGACAUGCCUGUGAAAUGAUUUUAUAAAGCUGCCGCACUUGCUCCUGCUCUGUGCCUGCGUUUGUGUCUCUAAGAACUCUGCUCUGCUCUCUUCUGUUCCACAACUCUGUGACAGAUAUCUUUAUCUUUCCAAAGGCUGAGGAAUAUUUCCUGUGAAGCAAGAUCAGUGCUGGAUUUAUUCCUGCUAAGUCUAGAGCUUUCUGAUUCACCAUGGAGAUGAACAGAAUAAGAAGGGAUCACUCAGCAAGUGGCUGCCUGGGAUUUAAGUGCUCAGGCUUCAUAUUGUAGUGAAGGCUGAAUCAAGGGGCAUAAAGGAUUUAGUCACCUGCAAAACUAACUUCCACCUAAGGCACACCAGGAGCUCAGAAUGGGGAGCUCUAGGAGCCAGGCAAGUGUUUGGGAUUCACAUGCACAGGCUACAGAAACAGGACCUUCAAGGAUCCCUUUUCAGUAUCCUUAUCUAAAGCACCUCCUCAGCUGUGCAGUAUAGAGCCAAUUUGUGAACUCUCUGCAUUCCUCUUGCUCCCACAAACUCCUUCACUGGCCCAGGCAGAUUAAAAAGCUUAGUCCUUCAGUUUCGAGGGUGGGAGCUUGAUCUGAGGCAAGGCAGAAUGAGGUGAUGCCCUCUGCAGUACUGAGGUGGUGCUCUGUAUGAGGGCUUUGUAAGGCUGCUGCACAGCAUUUCUCCUGGGGGCAGGAGGACCAGGCAGGGCUUUCUCUGUAGUCUUUUUCCCACUGGCCCAGCUGUCGUGGAGCCAGCAUGCAGCCCUUCUGUUUGCCUUUCUCUACAAGUGGUAGAAUAAGACACUUGGAUUAACUUUCCAUCUCCUUAUGAAGAAGCAUCCUGCUAGCAAGCUGGACUGGGAUUUAAACGCAUCCACCGAUUAAGACUCAUAGUGUAGGUGGAGUUGGGAAGCUAUCUCCAUGAUAUGUGGCCUUCAUUAACAGCUAUGUUUGCUCUUUUGUAUUUGCUUAAAUCUCCUUUUGGGCUGUAGGACUGCAUGCAGCCAUAGAAGUUCAUCUAAGCUGCUGCAGUCCUCAAUCUAACGGUUGUCACCUCUUCAGUUAAAUCCAGUGUAAAUCCAAAUGCUAAUUUAUUUCCCUCUCUUCUGAUUUAAAAUGCCCAGCACAAGAAUUGUGACUUAGUCAGAAAGGCAGGCAGUCAGCUUCCAUGUCCAUGCCCCUGACACCCAUUCCUGCACUGUAACAAGGGCCCAAGUCCCAGGUGAAUUGGUGAUAGUGCUUCUGAAGGGGCUGUGAAGCUGCUGUUGCAGCUCUGCCGUGAUGUAUAUUGCAGAGGUAUUGCUGCUGUGGGUGUGCAGCGUGAACUGACUUACAGGUAACACAACACCACGUAGCAAACCUCUCCAUCUCCAGCAAGCUCUGCUUUUUGUGCAUGCCAGCAUUUGAGGAGCUGCCUGUUGAGCAUAGAUAGCAGAUAUAAGCUCCCCAAGCCACACAAGACUGAGUAUUGUUUGACCUCGUAUUUCAUUUGACUCACCUUCCACUGAUCCUUUUCAAGUCCUACCCUUAACUCCCAUGCACAUCUGACACCUCAAACAUCACAACACAACGAGCAUCUUUAGAUCACUGCUCUGCUGCAUUGCACUUGUUUGACCCUCUACACGUUUUAAGCACCUUUGUAUUUUGCCUAAACAAGCUUCUGAUUUCCACAGAAGUUACUACUAGGCAGAGAACCCAAGGUGGCAGUGUUCAAUUCCACAAGCAAAGGCAGAUUUUAAACACAGAGACAGCUGCUUGGUGAUGGAUUGAAGAUCCAGCAGAAGUAUUGGGUUGUUGGGGUGGGGGUUUUUUAUCUUAUGCUGCUUGAGAAAUACAUCCAGCCUCUUUCAAAGUCUGCCUGCUCAAGAAGCUGUAUUAUUUCAAGAUGUGAAUUCCAGCAGAAGACACUUGCAGGGUGUCAGAGGUGGAGAACUGCUCAUAAUACUCUGGCAGGUUUCUUGGUCACUUCUCUUCCAUUUCAGCUGGUUACAGAUGUUGCUUUCUGCCGAUUUAGGGCAAGAGGAUCCUGUAGUAUGACUUUUUAUUCCCUACUGGGUGCUGCUCGUUGUGAACUGAUUGAAACCUUAGUAGGUCAGAGGCUUUUUUUAAGUGGGCAAGAACUUUGGGUACCAGUGUAAAAGACUGCUGUGUAUCUAGCUUUAAAUAGGAACUACUUCACGUGGCUUGUGGUAUCUACUCAAGCGCAGGGUGCUGAGUAAAUUGAUUGCUGCACAUCCAGUUCUCUGCCAGAGUGACCUAUUUGAAGACUUCUGCUGUCACUGCCACGGUACCUAGCUGAGAAUGAUUGGGUAAAUUGCAGUUCCCAGUAGGAGGGAGCUAACUGCCUUGAGGGAGCAUUGAGAUGUGAAUGAGGUGAAGCUGGUGUCUAGAAAAUGGUUGCAAUUCUCUGAAAUGGUAAUUCCCUCCCCCUCAGUCCUAUGCAAGUAGUUAUGCAAACCCCCUGCAAGAUAAACUUACAUCAUGUUAUUGCUGCAGUGUGAUUUUUUUACUCUCUUGCAGGUCUUUAGUUUUCAUUGAAAAGGGCAAUGCAGAGUAUUCAUUAAAGGCAGAAACACUACAUUCUUGUGCUGUGAUUAAAGACGUGUGACAAAGUG